CGUGUGUGUUGUGCGUGUUAAUGUAUGUGUGAGAGAGUGAGAAAGGAAAAUAGAGGAAAGAAAAGAGGCUCGUACAUUCGCCGCACGCGUUCCACUGGCUCUACAUGGGGAAUAUGAGGAUCUCGGGAGGACGCCAAUGAUAAAUAGUAUUCCAGACUCCCCUGCCACAUAAGAAGACCACGGAACACCCUCCUCAGAGACCCCUUGUUUGAUACGAGGGGCGACUGAAUAUCCAUAUAGUAAGGCGCAUCAGCAUCCAUCAUGAAUCCCAUGUCACAUCUAUUCUACAAAAAGAGCAGCUACUCUCCGUACCGGGACCGAAUCCCUCUACAGAUCGUCCGGGCGGAGGUAGAGCUUUCCCUAGAGGAGCGUUCCUUCCUUUCGGCCGUGGAAAAGGGUGACUAUGCAGGGGUCCAGCAUGCACUACGUGAGGCGGAGGUCUACUACAAUAUUGACGUCAACUGUGUGGAUCCAUUGGGCCGCAGUGCGCUACUAAUCGCUAUUGAGAAUGAGAACCUUGAGGUGAUGGAGCUGCUUCUGGAUCACGGAGUGAACACUGGAGACGCUCUGCUCUACGCCAUCCGCAAAGAAGUGGUGGGAGCUGUAGAGUUACUGCUGUCCCACAGGAAACCCAGUGGAGAAAAACAGGUUCCAUCAUUAAUGAUGGACGCCCAGUUUUCCGAGUUCACACCUGACAUCACUCCCAUCAUGCUCGCCGCCCACACAAACAACUAUGAGAUCAUCAAACUCCUGGUCCAACGCAAAGUCACCAUCCCUCGGCCGCACCAGAUCCGCUGUGACUGUGUGGAGUGUGUGUCCAGCUCUGAGGUGGACAGCUUGCGUCACUCUCGGUCCCGUCUCAACAUCUAUAAAGCGCUCGCCAGCCCCUCUCUCAUCGCGCUCUCCAGUGAAGAUCCCAUCCUAACCGCCUUCAGACUGGGCUGGGAACUGAAGGAGCUCAGUAAAGUGGAGAACGAGUUUCGACAAGAGUACGAGGAGCUUUCUCAACAGUGUAAGCUCUUUGCUAAAGACCUGCUUGACCAGGCACGUAGCUCCCGUGAGCUGGAGACCAUCCUCAAUCACCGUGAUGACCAGAGCGAGGAGCUGGACCCGCGAGACUGCCGAGACUUGGCCAAACUCAAGCUGGCCAUUAAAUAUCACCAGAAAGAGUUUGUGGCGCAGCCAAACUGUCAGCAGCUCUUGGCCACACAAUGGUAUGACGGCUUUCCUGGCUGGCGGCGCCGUCACUGGGCAGUUAAGCUGGUCAUGUGCUUCAUUAUCGGCCUGCUCUUCCCUGUCUUCUCGCUGGUCUACCUGCUGGCUCCAAAAAGCACACUGGGGCUCUUCAUUAAAAAACCCUUCAUCAAAUUUAUCUGCCACACAGCCUCCUACCUCACCUUCCUCUUCCUCCUCCUCCUAGCCUCACAGCACAUAGCACGCACCAACCUACACAUGCAGGGCCCUCCGCCCACUGUGGUGGAGUGGAUGAUACUACCUUGGGUGCUGGGCUUUAUAUGGGCUGAGAUUAAGGAGAUGUGGGACGGAGGUUUUAAUGUGUACGUCCAUGACUGGUGGAACCUGAUGGAUUUUGCCAUGAAUUCUCUUUAUUUGGCCACUAUAUCUUUAAAGAUCGUCGCGUAUGUCAAGUAUAACAGUUCUCGUCCCCGAGAGGAAUGGGAGAUGUGGCAUCCGACGCUGAUCGCUGAGGCUUUGUUUGCCAUCGCUAACAUCUUCAGCUCGCUUCGGCUCAUCUCCCUCUUCACGGCCAACUCUCACCUGGGCCCGUUGCAGAUCUCACUUGGCCGCAUGCUGCUGGACAUCCUCAAGUUCCUCUUCAUCUACUGUCUAGUGCUGCUGGCCUUCGCCAAUGGACUUAACCAGCUAUACUUUUACUACGAGACCGAGGCAGCCGAUGAACCCAACCACUGCAAGGGGAUCCGCUGCGAGAAACAGAACAAUGCAUUCUCUACGGCUCCGCCACGGCAGGUCUGUCACGGCAGUCCUGUGCUUAAGGAAAAGCAUGCUGACAGGCUCAUACAGAAUCAGCAUUAUCAGGAGGUCAUCCGUAGUCUAGUGAAGAGGUAUGUGGCGUCCAUGAUCCGCAGCGCCAAGACAAGCGAAGGGCUGACGGAGGAAAAUUUUAAGGAGCUGAAACAGGACAUUUCCAGUUUCCGCUAUGAAGUUUUGGACCUUCUGGGCAACCGAAAGCUGCCCCGGCGGAACUAUUCCUCCAGCAGCGAGACCACGCUUCGAGACGAGGUCAGCGAUGAUGGCGAGGCCUGUCAUCACAGCGAUGGAAGCAGCAUCGGGGCCAAGGGUGUGUCUUUCAAAACCAUUACGCCCUCGGAUCCGUCGUACGGAGUCUCCGCCCUCUUUCGCUCCAUCUCCGGAAUGGAGGUCGCUACUACUACGACGACGACAGCGGCAUCAUCUGCGUACAGGGAGGGUAAACCAAAGACCAACGGACUGAGGAAGAACCCCUCGCCCUCCUCUUCCCUAUCCUCAGUGGCUCCAGCAAGACCUGCACUUUCACGAACUUGGAGGCACUUUUCCCGCUUCUCUAGUUCCAAGAAGAACUCCUUCAGACGGCUCGGCCUGCUGUUCUCACGCAUGGGCAGCCACCUUCCGCAGCCGGCAGGUGUCACCGCUGCAACCUACACUAUCUCAGAUGGAUUGCUUCACCCGCCGGAGGCUUGGCACGACUUGGGCUUCACCAGGGGCGCCGGUCCCGUCACCAGAAGCGAGACCAACCUUAAUCAGGUGGACGUGGGCGCUUUAAAUGAGGGCGACGAUGCCAUGACGACCAAUGGACAGAGAGCUAUCGGAAGGGAUGUUUUACUGACAUUAGGACCUCUGUCCCCGCCCUCUUCCCUGCACUGUGCUUCCAGUUUCUCCGCCUCCAGCUCCCGCCUCCUGGAUUCAAAUGAGGACGUGUUCCAGGGAUUGGUCGGGCCCUGUAGCGGACAAACGCCAGACUCCUCCCGCUGGGUAACGGAACAGGACGAUUCGGUGACCACGCAGCUAUAGUAUUGCUAGUAUGUACUGUACAG